AUGUCUGUUGUCAUUCACCAAUCUUCUGACUACAGAAGUCACUGCUAUGACGACUCAGCAGUCGUCCAGGAAGGUGAUCAGCGCACGAGUAUUGGAGAUGUAGAACCUUUCGUUCUACUUAGAAAAGUGUAUCAAACAUGGCAACUGUCCAUUGACACUGGUAGUGCAUCCUCACGCCACCCAGACCACCUCAAACUCCAAGCCGCCCAAUGA